AUGGAUCGAGAACCCAACGAUGACGAACUGCAGGAUCUGUUCGCAUGGAUAGACCAAAUACCUCUGUCCAGGCCCAAAAGAAACAUUUCCAGAGACUUCAGCGAUGGAGUGAUGGCUGCCGAGGUGGUCAAACAUUUCUUCCCAAAGCUUGUUGACCUGCACAACUAUAACCCUGCAAACUCCACACAGCAGAAGAUUGGUAACUGGACCCUCCUCGACAGGAAAGUGUUUUCCAAGCUGGAUUUUCAUGUGCCCGAGGAGACAGUAAAGAGGAUUGUACUGAGCACUGCUGGUGCAAUAGUGCCUGUACUGAGUGCCCUCAGAGGGAAGAUAGUCAAGAAACUGGAGAGCACGAUGACCAAUACACAAAAUUUGAACUACUAUGACACCAGGAACCAAGAGAAACAUCACGCAGAAAUUCCUCAGAGUGAAGCAAAACGUCUGGCUCAACUAGCAGAAAUUGGAAAAGAAGAGAACAGGAUGACAAAUAUGAGCCCACAUCAUGUAGUGACGUUUUAUUCAGACAUGCCCCCUACUUUCCAGCUAAUGCUGCAGGAAAAAGAGCAAGCGGUCCUGGCUUUGCAGCAGACUGUGGAGAUCCUUCAGAUGAAAGUGAACAAGUUAGAGCAUCUGUUGCACUUGAAGGACAUGCGUAUUGAAGAUCUGACGCAGCACCUGGACCUGUACAAAGCAAAAGGCAAUAAAUCCUAAUACACACACAAAUGUACAGU